AUGGCCGAAACUCAGCCCUACGGCGUUCGCAAUCGUCGGCCUUCAGCCACAGACAACCUUAUCAAUGCCGCUAAGAACUUCGAGUCAAAGGUUGAGCAGUCUCUUCUCAUUCUUUGGGAUGAUCUCCCAGCCUGGCGUCGCGACAACGCCUUCAUCCUCUCGGGCUACCGCCAAUCUCAUGGCUCUUAUGCCCAUUCGGUCCGCUCCCUCUUCUACCUCCACAAUGAAUCCGUCAACAUCUGGUCUCACCUCCUCGGUGCCAUAGUAUUUCUCGCUAGUGCAGCAUAUGUUGAUCGAGUUGUCCGUCCACGCGAUACUGUUUCGAAGUGGGGGAACAAGUUGGAUUACACAGGCAUCGUGGCUUUGAUCGUUGGCAGCUAUGUUCCAGCUCUGUAUUACGGCUUCUUCUGUCUGCCUAAUCUGAUGGCCUCCUAUCUAUGGGUUAUAUGUAUACUCGGCCUUGGAUGCACAAUCGUUUCAUGGGUUGAGCGCUUCCGGACCCCAGCAUGGCGUCCAUAUCGUGCAAUGAUGUUCAUCGGCCUUGGUCUCUCUGGCGUUGUUCCUGUCAUCCAUGGCCUCUUCAUCUAUGGUUACCAAGGUCUUGAAGAUCGCAUGAGUCUCAGCUGGGUUCUCCUCCAUGGUGUAAUGUACAUCUUUGGCGCUGUACUCUAUGCGGUAUGUCCUCCCCGACUCUUCACGUAA